AUGUCUAAGAAGCAGUACAAAAAAAGUAUUCAGUUGACCAACAGAGAGCUCAAGACCCCAAAGCCAAUGACGCCUGAGGAAAGAAUGAAGGAAAUCAACCCAAGACUGCCACAGGACAUAAUCAAGUGCGCAGCCAAGACAGAGAAAGCUAUGAGCCUAAUGGAGAAGAAGAACACAAUCAUCUUUGUGUGCGAUAUCAAAGCCACCAAGCCAGAAAUAAAGAAGGCAAUUGAAAGCUUAUACUCAGUUGCUCCCAAAAAAGUACACACAGCUAUCACCUUCAAAGGAGAGAAGAGAGCAUACGCCAUGUUCUCAAAUGAGCACAGCGCCAUAGAAAUAGCCAGUGCAGCAGACAUCAUUUAA